UAGAAGCUCAACUCGCUGCGAUGUUUGCAGAUGAUGGUGCAAGCACCAUGUCUGCCGGCAACGUAGAAGCUCAACUCGCUGAGAUGUUUGCAGAUACUGGGUCGUCGUCACCCGACGAAGAGGCCAGUUCUUCUUCUUCCGAAGAAGAAACGAGUUCUGACCAAAGUACUAGCCAAGCAGAGGAAGGAUGGACUGAAGCGGGUUCAUUGCAGGAGUUCCCAUUUAGCAACAUUGGGCACUUCAACAUUGGUCCAGCUGAGUCCCCCAUAGAUUUUUUUAAUUUAUUUUUUAACUCUACAUUUAUGUCUUUGUUGAUAGCGAGCAUUAAUUCUCAUGGCUUACGGUUGUUAUUAGAAACCAAUGCCCCUCAUAGUAGAGCUUUAAAUUGGAAAGAUACUAAUGCUGAUGAAGUUUUAGUCUUCUUGGCAAUGCUUAUCCAUAUGGGCCACAUACGAUUAAGUAGGCUCAAUGAUUACUGGAGCACGGACCCCUUAUAUAACUUGCCUUUUAAAAAUUUCAUGUCGCGGGACCGUUUUCUAUUAAUACUUCGUAACCUGUUUUUUUCUGACCCUAAUUAUUCAUUCAGUAACAAUGAUCCUAAUCGAUUUGUCAAGCCAAUAAUAACUUUUUUUAACAAUCUUAUGAAAACUUUAGUUAGUCCUCCUAAAAAUUUAACGAUAGAUGAAAGUGUAUUACACUGGCGAGGUCGCUUAAAAAUCAGACAAUAUAUUAAAGGCAAAAGGCAUAAAUAUGGAGUUAAAAUAUACGUACUUACGGAUACGAAUGGCAUAACGCAGAAAAUGCAUAUGUAUUGUGGAUCACAUGACGAUGAGCUUCAGGGCAAAGGUCAUGCUGAUAAAGUGGUGAUGAUGCUUAUGGAAGAUUAUCUAGAUGCAGGGCACUCUCUAUAUAUGGACAAUUUUUAUAAUAGUGUGAAAUUAGCAGAAAAUUUAUUGGCUAAACGUACAUAUCUUACAGGUACACUUAGAGCCAAUAGAGUUGGGAAUCCGAUAAUUACUAGGACAAAGAUCGCUAGAGGUACAUUGCUAACGAGGUACAGGCGUGGCGUAUGCGUCACCAAUUAUAGAGACAAAAGGAAUGUACUGAUGAUCUCAACUGAACAUCAUUCAAAUUUAGUUGAUUCUAGAAAUAGGCGCGGCCAAGUUUCACAGAAACCUAAAGUUAUUGUGUCAUAUAAUAAAUUUAUGAAAGGCGUUGAUAGAAAAGACCAAAUGCUAUCAUAUUAUCCGUUUUAUACUAAAUCAACCAGGUGGUACAGAAAAAUGUUGCUACAUGUAAUGCAAGUUAUGUUGCUGAACUCAUACUUGAUGUUCAAUCAACAAAUGAAAUAUUCCGGAAACAAUGACAAAGUCAUGUCAUUUUUAGAUUUCCGUUUAAAUGUAAUAAGAAAAUUGUUAAAGAUUGACCGACUCCCACCGACUGAUAGACAGACAGCCAUUAGAAAUAUGCCUACAUCAUCGACUGUAAAUAAAAUAAAAACAAACACAGGAGAUGAUAUACAUUUGCCGGAAGAGUUGCCUAAAAACCAUAAAGGCAAAACCAAAAGAAAAGAUUGUAGGCACUGUAUGGACACCACAGGAAAACGCAAAUCCACCUUAUUUUAUUGUCCCCUUUGCAGUAAAAGACCUGGACUAUGUUUAAAAUGCUUUCGAGUAUAUCAUAGGUACUAAUCUUGCCUACUAUAAAGGAACUCUUUCGGUAUAAUAUAAUUCGCAAUAUAAAGUCGUUAUUUUGUGUUAUUUUGUUGUGGCUUUUCUGUCAACGCUUUUCAUUCAUUUUAAAAGCUCUAUGUAUACUUUUAAGAUACACAGAUAAUCUUCUAUAAUAAUUUAAAAAUAGUUGAUUCAUAGUUUUGAAAAUUUCCCUAUUAGUCCCUGCAGGGUGAACUGUUAAUGCCUUUUGUAUUCGUAAGUAGCUUGAUUUAAUAAUUACUGUUGCAACUAUAUUUCUUAUUGAUUUGUUGAUAUUUUUACAGAUUUUCUCAUUCACUGCCAUUUUUAGUUUAUUUUCAGAUUCUAUUUUCCUGCGUCAUCGAAUGGGUAUUUGUUUUAUAUUUGUUGAUUAUAUGCUUGUUGAUUAUUUGAUUUUUAAUUAUUGCAUGCUAAAUCUAUAUCAUAUUAUUAGUAUGUAUAUGACUGUAUGCCCAAGCGUUAUUUGGAGAUAAAGUCAUUUUUCUUUUGUUUUAUCAGUUUUAUAUGUUCAUAAUUCAUUUGCUAUUAUUGUGGUGGAGAUGCAUUGGUCAGGAAGUCGGUACUCACAGGAAGGCGCGGGGCGGGGCGCAUUCCACCCCUCUGGGGUCCACAUUUUUAUAUUUUAUAC